UAUCAAAACUUUAACGCCAGUCCGACUUUGCGAACUUGGUUAAAAGUUGAAAUAAUAUCCUGACGAUAAGUGAUGCGGUAUAAAAUAAGAAAUUUCAAAAUCACAUGAAAUUUCCAGCGGUUGCUUGUCCACUCUUCGCUCCACCCACUUAUUUUUCUCAAUUAUACGGACUAUAUACAGACGGCGAGUAAACAUUGACAUUGUGUGACAUCGUUGCUGUUACGCCACACUACUGCCAAAGAAAGUAUUACAGGAUCACAAUUAUUAUGUAAAAUAUUGUGGAAAUACAUCUGCGAUAAAAGGUGAGUAAAAAGUUUCAUAUUUUGAUUGUCAUUUGCCAUUUGGUUUGGCUCGGUGACAUUUUUAUUUUAUCAGUCAAACAAGUAUCUAAAGACAAGUAAAGUCGCGUCAGGUUACGCGACUUGUAUUAUAGCUACAUGCACUACAGACAGUACAGAUUAUAGUUUAAUCGACUUUACUCUUACUCUGUGAUAUUGACUGUUGCAAAUGCUUUCUGUUGAAGUAUAUUUAAAAUAGUAUAUUAGCUUUAUUAAUAAUAUACAUCAUAUUCGCCGCGUGGCAGAUAGUUUUAUCACUAUAUGCACGCGAGGAAAUUUUUAUAUAAAAUACCUGUCUAGCGGGCUGAUAAUUGAUAGGGUUGUACGAGGUUAAUAGGGUUAAGACCCCGGUUAGGAUUAUAAAAGCGAGUGGCUAUAAAGUAUUGAUUUAGAAUUUUAGAGUCGUUGAUUUAGGGAAUCCGUGGCUACAAAAUGUAUGCAGAACAUGACAUUGCACUGGAAUUAUGUUGCAAGAAGUCGCCUAUUUAUAGGCCUGUUUGUAUAAUAAGCCAUGUUUGCUUAUGUUGGAAUUGUUUGAGUACGAAAAUUUAAUAUAGGCUGCAACUGAAGGAAAAUGAUACUUGAAUAUCAAUACGGAUUAAGUUGUAUAACAUCAGUGUAAAUAUAAAUGUAUGUCUCAGUCCUCAGAGAUUAUUAAUAUGGUUUCGUAUUAAACGCGGCGCUGUUGAAGUGUUGAAAUUCACACGGGUUCUUGGAAGUAGUGUCUCCUAUAGCAAUGUAUAGCUAUCUUUGCGAAAUGGCAGAAAUUCGCCAAGAUUAUCACAAUAUUUUCGCACGUUGUUUAUAAACAUAAAUAUUCCAAACGUGAAAUAAUCGGUUGAUACGAUUGUAUUCCGAAAGUGUUUAUGUAAAUUUUGAAUAAAACAGCAGGUAUUGCCGUAUUGUGCCAGGUAUAAUUACACAAUAGUUGCAAGUGGCAUUUUUAAAAUUCUUCCCAUAGGCAUAGAAAACGAAAAUAUAUUUCAUAUAUAUGCUCAGAGCGACUAAACUAUUGGCAAAACUAUGUAAAAAAAUCUUCUCAACAAAAAUUUCAGCUCAAAGCCGAAGGCCAAAGCUAUUUUUCCGAAAUCUUUUCAUAUUGAAUUGUUGAUUCAGACCUGCCUAGCUAGCUACUAUAUAUGCAGUGUCAGAAAUGUAGUUAUGAGAGCAUUAUUCACAACUCUGUAAUAAAAUAAAACUAACUGAAACACUGGAAAUUGAAGACCAGCUACGCAUAGCCUAAUUCAAGACGUUCAAGACAUGAUGGCCUGGAAAUUUAACAGAAGUCAUUGUGAUAGGUUUUUGUCUGAGUAUAUGUUACUUUGUGAACGGCCACUGUGAUAGAGUUGCCGGUAUUUUCGAAGACAAAGGAUGAGGAUUGAGGUAAAGUUCAACAUCAAAGAAAGAGGUCUUCUAUUUUUUAGCUUUGAAGUUUGGCGGGCUUCUAGACCAUCAUAUCUCAGUUCAACAGAUAUUGGGCAGCAUUUUGUGCACACUAUAUAUUUAAUAAUUGAAGAGAAAACACCAUUUUCCGUUAGUGCACUGCAAUAACUCGCAAUGCCAAUAAGCAGCGGCCUAAAAUUCAAGGACAAUACACGAUCAUGCGAAUUGGAAUCUAUGCGCUUGACCCCUUGAGAUUUCAAUGUUCCGUUUUCUCUGCAGUGUCUGCAAAUAUGAGGUUUUUCGUAUCGUCUUCGCAGACAAUUUCCGCACCGAAACUAUUGAGCGAAAUAAGUUCACAUUUACAAUUAAGGCAUUUCUAACAAUUCUAAGAAGAAAUUGGCGAGUAACAAAAUUGGUCAAAAAGGGCCACUUACGUCGGAAGCUUUGAAGUUUCUGUCCUCGCGCAUGUCGCAAUACGCAUGUUGGCCGCCAUUUUCCUAGCCAGUCAAUGACAUUUUCUGGCCAAUAAACACGCUACACUAGCUGGCUGCUCCGCCUUCUGGCCAGUAAACUGCAUAUUUUUGCAUAAAAAAAACGAGGACACGUUGCUGAGUGGCCCUUCUGCAUGUUACUGAUCUUUAUUCUAUGUCAAAAGGGAGUAAACUGAAUGCGUAAUAGACCUUUCCCCUUUUGAAUGAAAUUUUGAUCUAGACAAGUCUGGACAAUUAUUUCAUCACAGCUUGAAAGAGCAUCGCAAAAUUAGUAAUAUUCCGAAGUUUCGUUGCGAAAUGUUGUAAAACGCGAAUAAUAUAGCCUUGCGAAGUUUGCCGUUUUUCAGUCAUUUUGUAUUACAAAUGGAAAUUGAUAAUCGGUUGUUGCGAAGUUUGCCGUUUUUCAGUCAUUUUGCAUUGCAAACGGAAAUUGGUAAUCAGAUGAUCGAACCGAUUACCAAUUUCCAUUUGUAAUACAAAAUGACUGAAAAACGGCAAACUUCGCAAGGCUAUAUUAUCCGCAUUUUACAACAUUUCGCAACGAAACUUCGGAAUAUUACUAAUUUUGUGAUGCUCUUUCAAGCUGUGAUGAAAUUUUUGUCCAGGCUUGUCUAGAUCAAAAUUUCACUCAUAUUAGGGGAAAGGUCUAUUUGCCAUGCAUUGUAUAAAUUAUACAUGAUACAUAACUUAAUCAGUUCGAGCACAUUCGAGCUAUGUGCAGUGUCCGAGUGCAGCCGUCUUUGUUCAACUAAAAUUUGAACCGUCACUCGAACGGCGUGUGCCAGCGUAAGUAGGGAUACAAUUACUACCUGAAAACAUUAGUGAUACCGGGAAUGUCGGAGUUUUCGUUGUAUUUUUAAGGUAGUUGUAUAUUCCUAUACCAAUCCGCGUCGCUCCAUCGCUCCCAAACAUGGAUAUUAAAUAUAACGUUAGUUGUCAAUCAAACAAUCUUUCUGGCAUCUACUGUGGAAACUGAUCAGUAAAAUUAAUUUAAGUAUAUUUGUCCAACAAUCAACUUCCAAAGUCUUCAUUCGCUUUUGGCCGCUUCAUACACCUAAAACUCCAUAUCAUAUGACAGCUGUGUACAUAAAACGCACUCGCAGGCACAGAUAACACAGGAAAUUAGCUUUUGUGGUCUGCCUGUCGUACUUUGACUUUGUUCAUUACUCCUUGAAUGACUAUUGCCUAUAUGUUGUUGUUGGCACUUUGAAAAGAUCAGAAAGUCUCGAAAAAGUCAAUUAAAUUUGGGCAACAAAAGGGCCAAUGAUAAUGCACAGUCACAGCUCGCGGUACUAAACGGGGUGAAGCAAACGAAUUUUAAUUUUGAAGGUAUUACGAAAUUUUCGAGUAAAUAUUUAAUUUAAUUGCGACUAUACAAUAUAGAUAUAGACCGAUUCGAAAAAUGGUUGUCGUACAUUUUUCUUCGCAAAUUAAUUUCACCAAGGCAAUCACUGACGCCUUAUAUAUAGAAUACUUCAAGACUAACAGUUUUACAAAAUAUAAAUAUAAUACCAUGUAUUCUCUUUGAGAAAUUAAAUGUUAAAAAUACCGAAGUUAAUGAUAGAUUUAGCAAACAAGCCUGACUAUUCUUCGCGAGAAAUAUUUUAUUUUGUCUGCGAAAUAUGAAUAGUUGCACAUCAAGUACUCCAUAUAUAGGUGGAGUGCAAUUGGUCAAGAUAUGUGCAAAAGAGAGACGUACGCCAUGUUGGAUGAAAUUUCAAACAAGAAAAAUCCCUUCGGGCCUUGUCAUAUUAAUCCAACAUGGCUGCGUAAGUAACCUAUUCAGGGGGUAACCUAUAUUCAGGGGCUGGUUAUAUAGAAAAGUAGCUAACUACACUUUGUUCAACAGCUAACUAAUUAGAAUAGUAGUGUAUUUGAAUUGAGAUUUACUAUUUGCUAGAGAACUACUAUUUAUAAGUACAAAACGGGUAGUUAAAAGUGGUUAAGCCAGUGUUGUACAACCAGGAAUAUUAAUGGCAUUGCCAUUGGGUAAUUAGUAUUUUUGCGCAAGUGAAUAUAGCAAAUCCCAAAAGUUGAUUGAUCAAAUUUGACGUAUUAAGCUGUUAUAUUCACCAUGGAACAGGUAAAUAUAACAAAACCGAGAUUUACAAAUAUAAAUUUCGAAUAUAAAUUUUCUUCAUUUCUUGACCUAACGAAGGAGCAGCUACGAAAUAUAGAGUAUAGGCGGGAUCAAGGUGUAUACAAUUUACACUCGAAAUUUCAAAAAAAACCUUCAACAUACUACUGGUAUUCACUUUUUCUAAAACCUUGUAACGACCGGCCCUUUUUUAUUUUGUUUCAGAACAAUUGGCGCAGUUGUAAACGCUAGGAGAAGCCCUGAUUCACAACAUGAAUUCGCUCUUGUUUCUCAUUGUGGUAAUAGCGAGCAAUUUCGUUAAUGUCCAGACGAAUAACAGUACUACCGUGGCUAGCAUGUAUGUCAGCGAAAUGUCAACGUCUUUCCAAACUGGUUCCGUCUUAGCAUUCAAAAAUACAGUGGGCAUUAGUAAAGCUACUAAUUCUAAAAGCAAUUAUCCCCAUUCAUCAAUGAAAAUUCCAUCGUCAGCCAUGCCCAUGGCAAGUUCGAGUGACGGUUUGAAGACAGGUAUCAAUCCAUCAAACAUGAUUAAACCAACAUCUCCGCCAGUCACGACAAGAAGUCCCAGUGAGUCAUUGGUCUUUGUUCAAGAUACAGCAUCUGUAAUGAAUAGUAACAUUUCUUUAUCGACGGAAAGAGCUCCCUGGGCAAUUACUGCAACACUGUCAGUGAUUCCAUCCACCACCAUCCCAUCCUACUCUGUAGCGCAAUUUACCACACAUGCUGUGGUCACAUCUAAUGUGCCAGCUACCACAAACGUUACCAAGGAAUCAAUCAUCGUUCAACCCAACGUGACACGUAUCAUUCAGGCAACCCCAUCUGCCAUUGCCAGUUCGACCAGUUCCUCUGACACGCAAUACGUGUCAAGCAUGAUUCCGAGUGCCGCCAUGAUGGUAACGUCAGAUACGAUCACGACACUGGUAAACAGCACCACAGCACCAAUUUUGAAUGCAACAACUACAUCCACUGUUAUGAUGAAAGCCACUCGAUCAACAGUUCAAAAUAUGACCACACCACCAGACACGGUAAAUAGCAGCACAUCACGAAUGAUUGUCUCCAGCUCUUCUCCAACAAGCGUUCCUACCACUUCAACAACUAUGCCUAGGAAUGCCACCAUGCCAAACACCACCGUACAAUCACCGACUAGUGCAACCAAUGCGUCCGUGUUUUUGUCUGCGGUCAUGCCAACCGACUCACUCACUGAAAAAAUGACCACGAGCUUCGAAACUCAUAUAAGAACAACGCCUGUAGUAAAUAUGACCAGCUCGAUGAAAGGUAUAUCAUCUUCCCCUACAAUUUCAUCGAUGACACAUCCCUCAAGUUCUGAAGUAAUAACGCCUGUUCCUCCUGAAAUAGACUUAGUUCGUAUUACUAUAGAUGCGAAUUGCAGCCAAGUACCAAACCACCAGUCUAACGAUUUUAAAGCCGCUGUUCAGUUAUCUGUCAGCGAAGUCUUGAACAUUUCAUCUUCGAAGAUAAAUAUUUCUGCUGUCACUUGUGGAUCUAUUAUUGUGGACAUGGCAAUAGAAAAAGUAAACAAUGAGAAUAUAACUCAGAAAUUAAUGGAUGCUGUGAGUAACAACCAACUAAAUAUUAGUUAUAAUAAUGAAACAUUGGCAGUAACCUCAGCGAACAGAUUAACUACAAAACCAAUCACACCCACGUUAACUACAUUAUCAGUGUCAAGAGAUUCUUUGACAAGCAAUCCUAUGUCAUCAACCACCAUUGUAACUGAAACAUUGUCAGGUUCUCCUCAAAGUGAAACCACGUCACAAAUGUUGGCAAAAUCGUCCACGUUGCCUGUCAAGUCUGACAGCGACACAGCGCCCGUAAUGAGUACACGCGCUAUAAACGCGUCGAUAUUUCUCAAUGCGACCAUGUUUUCGUCUGCAGUCAUACAAACCGUGUCACCCACUGAAAAAAUGACCACGAGCCUCGAAACUCAUGUAAGAACAACGCCUGUAGUAAAUAUGACCAACUCGAUGAAAGGUCUAUCAUCUUCCCCUGCAAUUUCAUCGAUGACACAUCCCUCAAGUUCUCAAGUAAUAACGCCUGUUCAUUCCGAAAUAGUCUUAGUUCGUAUUACUAUAGAUGCGAAUUGCAGCCAAGUACCAAACCACCAGUCUACCGAUUUUAACACCGCUGUUCAGUUAUCUGUCAGCGAAGUCUUGAACAUUUCAUCUUCGAAGAUAAAUAUUUCUGCUGUCACUUGUGGAUCUAUUAUUGUGGACAUGGCAAUAGAAAACGUAAACAAUGAGAAUAUAACUCAGAAAUUAAUGGAUGCUGUGAAUAACAACCAACUAAAUAUUAGUUAUAAUAAUGAAACAUUGGCAGUAACCUCAGUGAACAGAUUAACUACAAAACCAAUCACACCCACGUUAACUACAUUAUCAGUGUCAUCAACCACCAUUGUAACUGAAACAUUGUCAGGUUCUCCUCAACGUGAAACCACGUCACAAGUGUUGGCCCAAUCAUCCACGUUGCCUGUCAUGUCUGCCAGCGACACAGCGUCCGCAAUGAGUACACAAGCUAUAAACGAAUCGAUAUUUCUCAAUGCGACCAUGUUUUCGUCUGCAGUCAUGCAAACCGUGUCACCCACUGGAAAAAUGACCAUGAGCUUCGUAACAAAUGUAACAACAUCCCCUGUAGAAAAUAUGACCACACGCGCGACAAACUCAUCGAUUUUUGCCAAAGCCACUGUGUUGUCGUCUCACUCGUCUGCAAUCAUGCAAACCAUGUCACCCACUGGGAAAAUGCCCCCUGUAGUAAAUAUGACCAUGUCACCCACUGGAAAAACAAACACGAGCUUUGCAACUCAUGUGAGAACAUCCCCUGUAGUAAAUAUGACCAGCUCGAUGAAAGGUCUAUCAUCUUCCCCUGCAAUUUCCUCGAUGGCACAUCGCUCAAGCUCUCAAGUAACAACGCCUGCUUUUCCUGCAGUCUUAGUUCGUAUUACUAUAGAUGCGAAUUGCAACCGAGUACCAUCACAGUCUACCACUUUUAAAGAUGCAGUUCGGUCAUCUUGCAGCAAAGUCUUGAACAUUUCAGCUUCGAAGAUAAAAAUUACUGCUGUCAAAUGCGGGUCUAUUCUUGUGGACAUGGAAAUACAAAACGAAAACAAUGAGAAUAUAAUUCGGAAAUUGGAAGAUGCUGUGAAUAACAACCAACUAAAUAUUAGUUAUAAUGGAACACAAUUGGCAGUAACCUCGGUAAAAGAAUUAAGUACAAAACCAACAAGUAAAAAUGAUGACGAUGACGAUAAUACUGCGUUAAUAAUAUACAUUGUAUUUGGUUCAGUCUUAGGAUUGGCAUUCCUUAUUGCCCUUGUAACAUUAAUCGUGCGUUGCCGUCGUGAACGGUCAACUGGUAUGUUCCAUCUUCCCAGUGAAGAAAACCUGGAGCUUAGUGGCUUUUCAGUUCAAAAUAAACCCUAUCAAGGACAAGGUGGCAACUUUUACGGCGAGUUACAGCCUGAAUCAAGCGAGCUCCGAAUUAGCUGUAUCCCUGAUGAAUCUGAUCCUGCGCCCAACGAUUCGGCGGGAGGUACAGAGGAUGGUGGAGGUUUUGGUGGUUCUUAUCUUCCCGCGUGGAAAAACCUACCGACUAUGGAUAUGUCUGAAGUUAAUCGUAAUGAUGAUACCAAUGACAAUCUACUUCUGACCUAUGGGAAGACUGAUGUUGAAGAGGGCAAAGAUUCGGGCAAGACCGACGUCGUUACAUCGUAUGACAAUGUUGCCGCGGUUUAGUUAAUAGGGAUACAUCAAGAGUUGAUAGAUAAUUUGCAAAGUUAGAUAAUUCGAGUUUCUAAUGAGAAAUACUUAUACAAAAAUACAGUUAUAGGCCUAAAAGUGUCGUCUGGUUCCGGUUUCACGACCACCCGACCCUAUUUUUAUUGGCAACAAUUUAAAAAGCAUUUCAAAACUUCAGUAGUCAUCAAAACUCGUGUGUAUUUUGUCACACACAAGACAGACAAUAAGUGAGACGCUCUUUUGUACCAAAUAUUGUAAUGUACUCCAUAACGAGUUCUGAGCAUUGAAAUAUCAUAAAUUUCUGUCAUAAAUUUCAUAUCGGCUAUAUAAGCUAUUCAAAUAAAAAAAAAUUAAAAAAAUAAAAAUCCGACCUACGGACCCUAAUAUUUUAAAGGAUGAAACCGGAACCAAACAAUUUUUAGGCAUUUUUUGUUGACAAUGAACAUAUUAGGUAUAUUUCGUGACUGCGCGACAUGAAAGUACAGGGUGUAUAAAAAAGAGGUAAUCGAACUUUGGCUAUGUUAUCGUGCAUUAUAUAUUACGUUUAUCCAUUUACUGUUUUCAUACCAAACAAAGAUCAGGGUUAAUAUAGCUGUCGAAUGAUACCUUUCUUGUAUCAUUGUGGACAAAAAUUGCCAUAUACGAUCUGAAUAUUUAAAAAUGACGCUCGAAAACGCAUUUUUCCACCGUUAGGAAUUGCAUGUAAGAAUUGCAUUUUCAUUUGGGAUUCAAAUUUAAGUCGCUUGAAUAAAGUUGACGCAACCACUCGUAAUUUUGCAUCGAUAUUGAGUGGUUAAAACGUUUUACAAAACCUGAACUCGCAUAUGUCAUACGUUUCCCAAAUGGGGAGCAAGCAUUUGGGCAAAUGUUCGAAAAUUGGAAGAGCAUUUAAAUCCUAUAUGUGGAAAAAUGCGAUUUCAAACGACCACUUUAAAUCAGAUCGUAUUUGGUCAUUUUUUUCGCAAUGAUUCAGUAAGGGCGUCAUUUGACAGCUAAAAGCCUGAUCUUAAAUACGAAACAGAAAACCUAUAAACAUAAUAGUUAACACACGAGAACCUGUCAAACUUGGAUUGCCUUAUUUGCUACGUGCCCUGUAUAAUAACCAACAUUGCGAUCUAGAACCACACGGUAGCUAGACGACGCACGCUUUCAAAACAAAUUAAUUCUUCACGCAAAGUAAAGAUGUUGAAUAAUUUUUGUUUUCAAAACUUGCCAGUAGACGCAAGUAUACCAGUUUCUUUUUGUAGUGGUACUUGGAAUUACUGUUUAAUUGCACUGGAGUUAUUGUUAUUUAUGGAGAAUCGUAUAGCUAUACGAUUCUAUCUAGCUUGAAAGAGAUUAUACGGAUAAUAAAUUGGUAGAUUUGACAAUUCUAUACUACAAUAGUUAGAAAAUUCAUAUUUUGUAUUUAAUAUUUCUAGUAAAAAUAAAGUAGUCAUGGUGAAGAAUUUGUUCGUUUUCACUUCCGUCCUCAAGGCAGACUAAGGACCGAUUAUUAAUUACAGAAAUUCUAGGAAAUCUGGAUCUCCCCAACAAUAACUUCAGUUUUACUGCAUGCUAGCAUCUAAUGUUGUUUGUCAUACAUUGCCGUUUCGGUAGUUCAUGGGCAAGUGUUUUUGUUGUCGCAGUUACAAAAACCCUCGAGGGGCGUUCUGAUUGGAAGUAGGUAUACUUUGCAAAAUGAGUGAAGAAGAGAAAUGCUUCAUUUGUCGGGUCUCUCUUUGGCGGAUGUUAAUGAGGUAUCAGCAGUUGACUAGUGUACACAAGGUAUAGCGAGUAGUACUACGGUUAUUGUUCCAUAUAUUUUCAAAAACACGUCAUAAUGGUAUUUUGAACCUACGAAGCGCUAUCUACACGAGCAGUGGUGUCAAGUAAUGAAGUAAAUGUACUUCGUUACUGUACUUGAGUACUAUUUUUGAGAAGUCAGCAUGUUACCAAGUAAUCUUUUUCUGGAGUACUUUUGCUUGGAACGAAGUCGUUUCAAGAAGUAACGUUUUACUUCGUUAUUUUCAUUUUGUGGCGAAGUAUUUCGUUCCUUUCAAACUUUUGUUUAAUUUUACGUGAUUUAUUUUAAUUUUGGGAUAGGUAAUGGCCGGACCUCUACAUGGGUCUGGGAUCUCUCGUUUGUGGCUUACUGGCUUACUUAUAAGUAUUAUUUAUUUAAUGGAUUUCUUAUAUCUUCAACGGGGUCUGCAAGUGGGCCAUGCCGUGAAAUAUUGCAUAUUUACAAUGUGCGUGCUGUUUUG